GGAGCUAGAGCUGCCUCCCUCCUCUAGCAGUCGCGCUACCUCCGGCUUUCCCCCGCAGCUCGUUAGCAAGCAAGCAACCUAGACCGAGCUUGGCCGUGCCCUUCUGGGGAUGUGCCAGUAAGCCAGGUGUCCCGGGCCCCCAGAGAACCCCAAGGAUGGGACGCCGCCCUCACCUCUUGGUCAUCCAGGCCCUUCUUCUGUGGCUUGCACCAGUCUUAGCCUCACUCCAGGAUCAGUACUGUGAGAGCCUGUCCUUAGUCAACAACACUUCUGGGCUCCAGUGCAAUUCCUCCAUUGACCUCAUUGGGACCUGUUGGCCUCGGAGUGCAGCUGGCCAGCUUGUGGUACGGCCCUGUCCUGCCUACUUCUAUGGAGUCCGCUAUAACACAACAAACAAUGGCUACCGGGAGUGUCUUGCGAAUGGAAGCUGGGCAGUACGAGUCAACUAUUCUCAGUGCCAAGAGAUCCUUAACGAGGAGAGAAAAAGUAAAUUGCACUACCAUAUUGCUGUCAUCAUCAACUACCUGGGUCACUGUAUCUCUCUUGGAGCCCUCCUCAUGGCCUUUGUCCUCUUCAUGCACCUAAGGAGUAUCCGGUGUCUUCGAAACAUCAUUCACUGGAACCUCAUCUCUGCCUUCAUCCUACGCAAUGCUACCUGGUUUGUGGUGCAGCUCACCAUGAGCCCUGAAGUGCAUCAGAGUAAUGUGGCCUGGUGCCGGCUGGUGACAGCUGCUUACAAUUAUUUUCAUGUUACCAACUUCUUCUGGAUGUUUGGAGAAGGUUGCUACCUACACACAGCCAUCGUGCUCACCUACUCUACUGACAAGCUCCGAAAGUGGAUGUUCAUCUGUAUUGGCUGGUGUGUGCCUUUCCCCAUCAUCGUGGCCUGGGCCAUUGGGAAACUGUACUAUGACAAUGAAAAGUGUUGGUUUGGAAAGAGGGCUGGAGUAUACACCGACUACAUCUACCAGGGCCCCAUGAUUCUGGUCCUACUGAUCAACUUCAUCUUCCUCUUCAAUAUUGUCCGUAUCCUCAUGACUAAGCUCCGGGCCUCCACCACGUCAGAGACCAUUCAAUAUAGGAAAGCUGUGAAAGCCACCCUUGUGCUGUUGCCUCUUCUGGGUAUCACAUACAUGUUGUUCUUUGUAAACCCUGGGGAGGAUGAGAUCUCUCGAGUUGUCUUCAUCUACUUCAACUCCUUCCUGGAGUCCUUCCAGGGUUUCUUCGUAUCUGUCUUCUACUGUUUCCUCAACAGUGAGGUCCGCUCAGCUGUCCGGAAGAGGUGGCAUCGGUGGCAAGACAAACAUUCAAUCCGUGCCCGAGUGGCUCGGGCCAUGUCCAUCCCUACGUCCCCUACCCGAGUCAGUUUCCAUAGCAUCAAGCAGUCAACAGCUCUCUGAAUGGAAUGGAGAACACAUUCCGUUGUUGGAAGGGGACACCAGAAGGGACAGACCCUAGAAUCUAACUUUGAUUAUUGGGAGGAACACGUCAUUCAGUAUGCUCUCACCACUGUUCCUCACACCUGACUCUUCCCAAUCUGUGCAGGAAAACCAUUUCCUCCUCAAACUUUGGUAUACUCCAGCACUUGCUUGCCCAGAGCAGCCAUAAAAGCAUAGGAAGUAUUGGACCCAUGAGACCCAGACAGAGAUGGGAAACUGUGAUGAUGAGUAUAUAAGAGAUGGAGGGGAAAGCAGGGUCUUCAAGAAGACCCUGGGACUCUGAAGGCUGCUGAGUCUCAGACCUAAUUUGCUCUUCUGUGCUCCCUGUCUGCUCUUUGGACAGGCCUACCCAAGGGACAGGAUGGAAGAUUAAGAGCACAUGGAUAAUGAAAACUAGUGACCUAUAUUGUCAUCAUGGAGCACAAUGUAGCCAUCCAACUAGAAACCACAGGAUUGGUUGGUUGCCAUCAUCAGCCUUAGAGAUGUCACCAGUUGGAAUUAGAGCAUCUUCAUGAAUUUCUUCAUGAAAACCAUUCUGACAUCAUCCUAAGGACACAUGUGGAAACUGAUAUUGUCAUCAGAAUUCCUGGCAAUGAUUAUAUAUUUGUUUGUGGUGAUGUCACAGCUACAUCAUUGGAAAGUCCAGUGAUGCUGUUAUGAACCAUGGCCACAUCAUCAGGACUCAUUAUGACAUCAGCAAAAAGAGACAAUGUCACUGAAAACCAUGACAUCCCAUCAAGAAUCUAGGCACUCCUCCCUCACAGAAAUGACUUUGCCAUUGUUCCUUGCCCAUGGCUCACUUUUCUCUGGCUCACUAUAACAAGAGGGGCAGGUGCCUUAUGAGUGGUACUACCCUUCCCUAAACGGGGAAGGAGAGACUGACUAUUUUCUGCCUGAGGGCUCUGCUACCCCUGAAAUCUAUUAUUGUAGGGAUCAUUUCUCUACAAAGAGUAGAGUAACAAAAUGACUCACUCCCUGAUACAUGGUCCUGGGUCCAUUGCUACUCAAACCUCUUUUUUAAAAGUUGUUUUGUAGGCUUGUAUUGUGAAACUGGGGAAGUAGCUGGGGUGUCAAGACUACUAGUUCUACUUCUGGGUUCAACAUAGAGAUCUUAUGCUGUUGACAUUUUCUAAGGGUAGGAGGAAAGGCAAGGGAUAGGGGCUAAGGAAGGAGGAGAGAAAGGAUCCUAAAUCACAAUGGGCUGAGUCAAAGAGGGUAUGCCUGUGGGUAUGGGGUGUGUGGGC